AUGCGUCUUGAGUUUUACGACAUUCGACAGGCGCAGAAGGAAGAGAACAACUUGCUGAACGACUUCGCGACAAUGGCUGAGCAGAUGAAGCUUCUCGUCGCCACUAGAGGCUCCGCCAUGGAGGCAUUGGCUGCCGCGCACCUUGAGGAGGUUAAGAAGUUGAAGCAACCGCAUGCUGUUGAGUUGGACGCCAUCAAGAAGCAACAUAAAGCGGAGGUCACCAAGAUGAUAGGCGAACAAGAUUAUUGUGGUUCGGCUAGAGAAAUGCGAACUGAACGACGCAGGAAACUGCGCGUUUCCCACAAUGCUGCUUUUGCUUCUUUGCCUGGGAACAUGGUCGUCAAGAUCAAGAACGUAUUUGCUCAAGACCAAAAGCAGAAGGCAGAGCUGUAUUGUGCGUUCCAGGGCCUCGAGAUGCAUCAGCAAGAGUUAUUGCUGGAGAUACAGUCUCGCGUGAGUCAGGAGAAGACCGUGCGGCUUACCUUACUCGACUGCCAUGCCGAUACAUUGGCUGAAGCCCACAAGUUGCAGCUUGAGAACGCCCCGAAGUUCAUUGAGUCUUGCGUUACAGUUCAUGACCUGGCACAGAAGUACAUACUAGAGGGCGAGAAACAAGCAGAAGCGAACGACAAGAUAUGGGAGGCUCUAAAGAGCCAGGACAACAAAACUUGUGCGGGUACAUGGCGAAUCUCUUCAAGAACGCUACUGCAAGGUGAUCUCAGCUAGUUUUGACGAUGGAAGAGUUGCUUGGUGACGAAGAUAAAGCAUAGCCAGUGAGAAGCGUGUUUCGUUCUGCCCCGCGAUAUCAACAGACCGUUCGGUGGCAUCACUACAAAUGUGGUUGACUGAGAGUAAGCCCUGUCGUAAAGCUCUUGCGAUGGAGUGGAACUACCACAGAAUGGCGCAUGGCUUUCUGUGAGCUGGCGUUUUGUCGUCUCGCUGCACACUAUUCCACGAGUCCAGCUAAGCCCCAACCUCCUUCUUGCCGAAGGACC